AUUUAUUUAUACACCUAAAAAAUUAAACCAGUAUUUUCUGUAUUUUUCCUUAUUUCUGCUUCCUUAUGUUUGCAUUUGAAACCAUCUGUGCUCCUGAGCUGGUUCUAUUAAUUGCUCCUCGUUCUCAGGUGUGCUGUAGUUUCAACCAAUCAGAGGCAACCUCGCAUCUAUCUUGUUUCACCACUGAUUGUGUGGUUCAGACAAAAUGGGGAAGCUGGACUUUUACGUCAUUUGGUCCCUGCGYGACGCCCCCCGGCAGUUCAGCUGCAAAACUGACCGGAAGCGCUUUCAAGUCCACGUCCCGCUGCCUCUUCCCAAACAGCUGGUCGUCUUUGGUGUUGGACAGUGGCCAUGGAGCGAGACAACACUGUCAGCUGAAGUCCUGGUCUGUGAGGACGUCCCGGCCCAGACAAUAGGGACUCUGUCCUCUCWAGUGAAGUGUCUGACCUGGGAAGGUGACUGGAGCGAUGACAUCAUCACGGUGGCUGCAGAGAGAGGCAGGAGAGGAGUGUAUGGCAAGAUUGUGCUGAAGGUCUGUGAAGAGCCACAGGAUAACAUCAGUGUCCUCAGCAGCUCUCUGUUUCAGAGGAAAUGUCUGAUCCCAGAGCAGCACAGUGAGACCGAUGGCUCCGGCACGUCACGCCAACGAGCUGAAACUAUAACUCCCGACUCUUCCCACGUGGGCAGUGUUUACUGUGCUGAGAUUCAAGUGAAUAAAAUUGACACCAGUGACUCUGCUCACCCUGCAGUUUGGCCCACAAAUAAGCCUCUCAGGCGUGCGGUCAUUAGUCGCCAAGGCCGCCUGCCAUGGAGCUUUGAGGACUUGGACAGACUUCCAGGGGACAAAAACCAGUCGUCGACUCCCAAGACGAAGAAGAGGAAGUUGUCCAGAAGCAGCCAAGAGGAAAUGAGUGUGCAGAUUAAAAACGAGUCCAGAGAAGUUUCAGUGUGUCCAACAACGAGGUGGUGCCAUACCAUGUGUCUGUGUGACCCUGAUACCGCCGUCCUCAUCGGAGGGGAAACUUCAAAUCAAAMCUGCUGCAAGGACUCGCUCUGGAAGCUGGAGCUGGACAGCGACUUUUGGUUUCCUACGAACUCCUCUGCUUCUGGACCCGUUCCCCCGUGUGCCGGAGGACAGACUGCGACCUACGACCCAGACUCGAAGGCAGUCUAUGUGUACGGUGGCCUGAAGGAGGGUCAGAGCUACGGUGAGGUGUACAUCCUUAAUACUCUGACCUGGAAGUGGACACUUGUCAUGGCUAAAGGAAACGUYCCAAAUCUGGCAUAUCAUUCAGCUGUGUUUUACAAGAAAGAGCUUUUUGUCUUCGGAGGAGUCCAGCCAAGCCAUUCGCUGGGUGAUAAGUCCUGCAGUAAUGCUUUGUACAUCUUCAACCCUGAGCAUGAGCUGUGGUACAAACCCAUCGUGGAGGGGAACAAGCCUCUGCCUCGCUUCGGGCACACUGCUACACUCCUCCCUCACAAACUUGUCAUUUUUGGUGGACGGAAAACUGCGACCUACCUAAAUGAUCUGCAUGUUUUAGAUUUGGGAAUGAUGGAGUACACAGCUGUGAAAAGUGCAAACAUGCCACCUCUGCCUAGAGGGUUUCAUGCAGCCGUUCCAGUGCUGGAUAACAGGAUUUUGAUCAGUGGAGGAUGCAGUGCAGUAGGAGCGCUGCUAGAUGUGCAUAUCUUCAAUCUUGACACCUGUAUGUGGAGUUCAGUGGCUUCUCCACAGCUUUGCUCCAAACCCCGUGCGGGACACAGCGUGGUGAAUCUAAGCUGCGUCAUCCCCGUGCAGCCUGAGAAGCGCACACAUGCUGACAACACAAACAUUAAAUGCACCUUGUUGGUGUUCGGUGGGUCCGAUUGUUCCGGUUCUUUCUACAGCGACACACUCAGGUGCACCGUGGAGAUUACAACAGGCCACAUCCAGGCAACAAUGGGUGACUUGAUCUGAUGUGAAAUAAGUGUUUUCUUCCGCUUGAUUUAAUUCCUAAUCAUCCAUACUGUUACCAUACAACACGCACCAGUGUGCUGCCAGCACUGAUUUGCUCAGGUUCUACACUUUGCAUAACAAAUUUGUGAUUUGCAUGUUUUACACACUGUGCUCUAAAUGUUCUCUAGGAAUUUGUAUGAAUGAGAGUUACUGAAAUUAAAUUUGAUAUGAUCAAUG